CUUUUUGGUCCCAUCUUUACCAUCUUCCCUCUUUCUAACAUCUCUCUCCAGUUAAUAUGCACUGCUGCUUGCUUCGGUACAUCUCCAUCUCGCUCUCUGUGCCAAAGCCAACACUUUUGCCCUAGUCGCAUAUUCGUGCACAACACGGAGAAGAGAAGAGAAGAGAAGAGAAGCGAAGCGGUAGAUCUGGUUCCGGGUCGUUCGGCUUCUGGAGGCGUUUCUCAGACGCGGCAACUUCUUGUGAGCCAACGAAGCCGCUUUCACUAAAAAUCAGGGGGAAAGUCGUGGGGGAGAAACAAGUUUGCAGAAAGAAAAAUUUAAAUGAGAGCUCUGUCGUUAUUGUCUUACUCGCGUCGACUCAGUAAUGGACAAGACUCGCGACGUGAUGCGUAAGGCCAGUCGGUCCUCGCCUGCAAAGCGACACUUCGAUGAUCAACUUCCCCGAACUCACCAUAGCGCCAACACCAACGACAACGAUAACAUCUUCUCUGCUUUGGAGAGGUUGAAGAGAGAGAAGAAGCUCAAGAAACUGAGCUCUGUUUGCGAAAAGAGUAGGAGCUUCGUGGGCGGUGAGAUGAAGAAGGGCUCUGAUGUGUCCCCCAGAGAAGAAGAUGGGGUCGAAUUUGUUGGUGCUGCGAAGAAAUUGAAGCUUCCCAGGAAGCUGCUGGGCGACUGCAAUGCCGUCGACAAAGCCUCUGUUCCACGGAAGCUCCGGUCAGCCAUGAAGAAACGCAACCGUGAAUCUCUCUCUAAAACUUUGCCUGAUUCGAAGAAGAUGAGUCAUUCAGUACGUGGAGGCGAAUCGCACAAAAAGAAUGGUGUAAAGAAGUUCAAAAAGGAAAGAAAUUCAGGCUGGUCCCUGAGAGCCGCUGUUUCUGGGUCCAUGACAAAAGAUGAGGAGGAAGUGGCCGAGGCCUUGUAUGCAUUGGCUGGUAUAUCUCCCAACAAUGCCACUAAUGAUAACGCAUCUGGCGGCGAUUCUUUGAAAGAUGAUCGUUCAGGAGCUGUGCCUGAAGUUACAGAAGGUUCAACACUCUCAAAAGUUGCACAAGGAGAUUUGAACUCCGAUCUCCUGGCUACUGGAGAUAAUGACAAGAAACCAUCUAAAGAAACCACAGAAACCAUUUCUUUGAGUGAACCUAAUUUGAACGAACGGCAUGUAUUGCUAGGCAGCACGGACCACCUUAAUGGUUCUAAUAUUAUUACUGAAGCUAAACUGCAACAAACACCUCUGUGGUCUAAUAAGAGUGAACAAAGCUAUGAGAAAUUGCACAGUGCUUGCGAUUUGGGCUUCACAACCAAGUUUGGCCUUGCCUAUCGGAUUAAGCAGCCUGAUGAGAUGUCUUGCUCACUCUCUCCGGGAAAGCAGGAAAAUAAUUACCCCCUGACAUCGAUUACUGGAAACCAAUUGGAGCACCAGGACAUGGUCAAGGACUCCGAGAAUGAUUUUGGUUCUGUGAUUAAAGGUACCGCCUGGUCGCUGUGCGCGUCAUCUACAACGUUGAGUGAGGCCAACAUUCUCUUGCAGUCUCGUCCGGUCAAGAUGCCUCCCUGGUUGGACGCUGCUGUCUGUUCUAUGAAGCCAGGCUCAGUGGAUACAUGCUUGUCAACCCAAAAGGUUUUCCAGACAUCGGUUGAUAAAAGGCCUUGGAAGAGGUGUGCAGCUCAUGUGCAGAUAUGUCAUCUCAUUCGGCUAUUACAAGUGGAAGAGAGUAAAGACAGCCUGCUAAAGCCUAAGCAAAUAAAACAAGACGAAGUCAGGAAGCCGGAACAAUUUGCCCUAACCAGCCUCAAUGGGUUUCACGAUGUCUUUUCUGGUACCGGCAUAGAGUCGGACACUAAAAGGAGACUUGAUGAGGUUAGAAGUGUUACUCUUCUGCCAAAGAACCACAUUCGAGAUAGGCAGGUCGCAUGUCCACCUUCAAUAGUCCCCAAAUCAGAGAAGCAGGCUUUCGAUUUCCUGUCUCUGUCUGCUGGUGGUGGUGGGGUCAAUUCCAGGAAUACUAUUGGAGGUGCUGGACGAGUAGACAAUUCAGAAGCUCGGACCCAACUCAGUUUUCCUUACAUAGAUUCUCUUACUCAACGACAUGUCUCCAUGGGUCAAAAUCGUUAUUUGUCUGCUUACUGCGACCAGCUCUCGGCAGUAGCAUUGCAGCAGGGCCAGAUGCAGCUACCUGGCUUCCUCGGCAGUUCGGGAUAUCCAUCUGCGCUUAGCAGGCCAAUGUUUUCGGCAAAGGAACAGCAACAUCAACAGCUGCUUUGGGCAGCUCAAUUCUCAGCUCAGUGCAAGGCUGUGGCUGUGGCUAAUUCCAAGACCAUGGCUCAGUAUCCUAGUUGGCAAGGUGAAAUACAAGGGAGUCCUACCCUGAUCCCACGUGCUCAAGCAGUCCUUCCUCCUCCACCUUCUGCACUCGAAAUACUCGGCCCUAAAUACACUCCCAUGCCGAAUCAUCUUCAUCACCAGCUUCCUUCCCUUAAUUCGUCAAUGCCUCAUCACGACAUGAAAAGGCAAGACCGCCAUCCCCAUUCUGUUUACCAAGAAACCACGGCCCGGUUCUACACUGGUGGCUCAUUGCCAUUGCAGCUACUGUGCAACGAGCGCCUUUGAAAUGAGGUACAGGGCUUUGAACUGAGCCGCUGGAUGGCUCUUCAACUUCGAGAUGAGCAAAUAGAAGUUGAGCUCCCGUGGACAAAUGUGUGUAGGAAUCUGGUCAGUGGCCAUUAUCGACCAGUUGAAGUAGCAGUGAAGAAUGAGGAUGCACUUGUCUGCAAGUGGGCAUAAUGAAUGCCGCCAUUACAUAACUCGACCCUUAUAGAUGCGCGGAAGUGAGAUUGAUUGGAGGAAACUCGAGGCUUCGGCGGCCACAUUAACAGAAUUUCUACGCAUAAGAGGUGGCUGGACCUUUGAAAAGAUCCAUUUCUUGGUGCUGGAGUCGUAUCUCGUUGGGCUGACAGAGAAGCUACAGUUUCUCUCUUUAUUUUGACAGCUUCUGCGAAGUUGAGUCAAUCUCAUCUACAUAUAGAGCCAAUUUGUCUCCCCGUUCUUCCACAUAUGAUGUACGGGUCAGGCACUCUGGCUCAGGUUAAUACUUUUGUUAGAGGCACUAAAGCUGAAGGAAAGACUCGGGAGGAAGAGGAACUAUUCUUCAAAUGCUUUUAAAUAUGCUUGUAUGGAGUCUAAGUAGAGAGCUUGAAGUUUCGAAAGUUAAAACGGUAGGACAUUUCUUUUUGCGAACCUUAGAUAUAUUUCACAUGUAUAUAUUUCGAUGCCGAUCGAUUUUCAU